AUGAGUGGUCCGGGGAAAGAUGAAGACAAGCCGAAGCUGGAAAGGUUCGACGGAAGCCAGCCUAGUUCGUAUAGGCGUUGGCGCCGAAAAGCCGAGCUGAUGCUCUUGGCCUUGCCGAACACGUACACCAAGGACCGUUGGGGAGCCAAGCUCCUUGAAUAUAUCUCUGGAGAGGCGGAAGAAGUAUGUGAAGCUCUGCCCCUGGAGAAGGUCAUCAAGGAGGACGGUCACAAGCUUAUCUUCGAAGCGUUGGAUGGCAAGUACAAGGAGUUGCAGAAGGAAGCGCUGCAUAACCAUUUGCAGGAGUACUUCUACGACCUACGCAUUCGUCCUGGUGAGUCAUACAGGAACAUGAUGGUGCGACAGGAGACUGCAUAUCGCCGUCUACAAGAGCAUGCUUUGGAGUUGCCUGAAGAGGUCCGAGGGUGGUUCAUACUUCAGAAGCUACAGAUGGAGCCGGCAGCACAGGCUUUGGUGCUGACAUCCUCUGGAGGCUCGCUGAAGUACCAGGAUGUGACGAAGGCCAUACAGUCAAUAUUUCCACAUGGCACUGCGAGAAACAGCGGUGGCAAGACCAAGGAGGUCUUUUCCACGGAGACGGAAGACAAUGAGGUGCCAGAGAAUGAAGCGGCAGAGGACGUGUUUCAAGCCAUAGCAGAUCAAGUGCAGUCGUCGGAAGAGUAUGAAGAGGAGGACGCGGUGGACGUCUUCGAGACCUACAAAGACAUUCGGCGGCGUGUGCAACAGAAGAAGCUUGGACGAGGUUACAAAGAGCCGCGUGGAAGUGACUGGAAGCUUACGGGCACGGUGAAGGGCAAGCUGGAGUUGCUGAAGAGCCGUACAAAGUGCCACUUGUGCAAGGAAGUGGGACAUUGGAAGAGAGAGUGUCCCAAAAAGGCGCAGAUGGGCAGUGGACAUGGCAGAGCAGCACGUGGCAGCAGCAGCAGCAACGAGGCUAUGGUGGCCGAUGAUUCCAGCAUGGGCUACAAGGGUGUUGGCGAAGAGCACUUCUUGGACAUGGAUGAACUCGAGAAGUUCGAGAUAUUCCUGGCGGAGCGCGAGGGUGACAUCGAUGUUGUGGUCGCCACCAAGGAGGAGGCGAUGAACAGCGAAGGUGAUGUAAGCGGGGACUUUGAGCGUAGUCUACAACAGUUUUUCACAAGCUCGGAGCCGAGCGACAGAGCCGAUGUCAGUGAGGCAUACAUGGCUGAGUUCGCUGAUCUUGCCGAGAGAAUGGCCAAGACACUUGAGAAGUCAGGGCAGCGUGUGAGAGUGAUACCCGAGAGUCAUGAGUUCCGUUUUGGCAAUGCGGGUGUCCUUAGGUGCAACCUAGCGUGGCAAGAGCAAAGAGCCAUGAGCUACGCGGGGCAGAUGUCAGCCGAUGCACCAAUGGAGAGCUUCGUGAGGACGCAGCUGAUCGCCGACUUGAUGCAGGAGGUGACCGGUGCAAUGAAUCCCGAGGAAAUGACGGACAUCAACGCGAAGAUCCUCGACGAGGCACCAGAUCACAACGACGACGAGCCAGGCGACGACUUGCCAGGCAUCGCUGGGAAUCUGGGCAGCCGAAUUUUCAACAUCGGCAAGUACCAGAAGCAAGGACAGCUGAUGACGUUCAAGAAUGCCUACGAGAUGGACAAGAGGUACAUCGCAUGGGUGAGGAAGUUCAUCAAGGGCAAAUCCGAUCCUGCAAAUGGCAAGACGUAUCACCCUACAAUGGCUCAGUUCAGGUUGUACAUCGCAAUCAGAGACCAGAAGAAGUCAGCAAGGAUUCAGAUGGAGCAGGGUGUCUACGCCGAGAGUGGUGGGAGCGAGUCACAGGCACCUGUGGUGCCAGUGAUGUCGACCGCGCCGCGUGUGAUGGCGUCCCGCCCAAAGCCAAAGGCAAGGUCGGCAACAAGGGCAUCCUCCAGCAACCAGACAGCAGCACCGUCGCACGCACUGGGGCCACAUGCUCGCGAGCUGGACUACGACGAUCAGUGGUUGUUAAUGACGGAGACAACCCCAAGCCGAGCGGAGACCAGCAGCGAGAGGAGGCGCCGAUUGUUGCAGCAGCAGAUUCAGAACCUCACGCACCAGCUGGAGACGCUGGAGGACGAGGACGAGAUCUGA